AUGGCUGUAGAAACCAAAUUCCAACACUCGUUUGGAGGAACUGGAUGUCUCAGGCAUACCUCCGAAUUUGUUGAGAGCAUCUCACAAGGUGCGGAGAAUACACUUCCUACUCCUACUCCUGGGAUGUCCAGCGUAGCUGCCUACACUGUCAUGCGCCUUCCAGUAAUGCAGCCUCAUGCUCCUCUCUUAGGGAUAUCCGACACAGCUGCCGGCACUGCCCCACAGCUUCCAGCAGUGCUGCCUCCUACUCCUUCUUGCUUGGGCACACGUGACACAGUCGCCAACACUUCUCCACAGUUUCCAGCAGUGCUACCUCCUACUUCUUCUUGCUUGGGCACACGUGACACAGCCGCCGACACUUCUCCACAGUUUCCAGCAGUGCUACCUCCUCCUUCUUGCUUGGGCAUACCCGACACAGCUACCGACACUUCUCCACAGUUUCCAGCAGUGCAACCUCCUACUCCUUGCUUGGGCGCACCCGACACAACUGCCGGCACCUCUCCACAGUUUCCAGCAGUGCUACCUCAUACUCCUUGCUUGGGCACACCCGACACAGCCGCCGACACUUCUCCACAGUUUCCAGCAGGGCUACCUCCUACUCCUUCUAGCUUGGGCACACCCAACAUAGCUUCUGGCACCUCUUCACAGCUUUCGGCAGUGCUACCUCGUGGUGAGAUUAUUGAUUACAGCCACAAGAACAGUGAUGCUCUCACCUCUAUAGGGCAUUUAUCCGAGAGAAACAUGUUUUGUCGAGAUUGGGAGAAUUCUUUCGUUGUUAUGACUUUGUAA